CAAAUUCUACCAUGUCAAGGUGGUAGUAAUUUUACAAAAUCUAUUAACUAUAUUUUAGGUACUACAUCGAUAAAUUACCUUCUCUUGAGACUCACUUUGGUCACGAGUUAGCUACAGGGCAAGGAAGACUGUGUAUGGUGUUGACUUAAAGGUGAAUGCCGCCAGCUGUUGGCCAACCUGUGGUGAUAAUGUUACGUGGCAGAGACUAGGGUUACGUAUCACUCGGCUACGUGGCAUAUUCAAGGGAGAUUCUUCCUUGAAAAACAAAUGGAUAAAAUAUGAACAAAUCUGUAACGAUAAGGAUAGGACAAUGACAUUUAAGAAAUGAUCUUCAACUUAAUUGAAGUAUAAUCGGUCAGUUUAGUUUCACCCAAUCAUGGAGUCUGUGAUGUGGCAUAAGUUUUUACUGGUGAAAUGAACUGUGAUGGAGUCUCAAGGUUUCCAGCUGGUGAAGAAGAAAAAAGCUGCCAGGCCCAGGAGCAAGCAGGUGAUCCAGAAUAUGGUCUCUUCACCACAACACAACAAGUGUGAAUGCCUAGACAAAAUACAGCAAGCAAGGCAAAUAAUUGAAACAAGUGAAGGCCACUCCAAUCUUAAGAAGAAUUUGGAUAGUAUAGAAAGAGAACUAAACACUGUGCUUGCUCCUCACCAAAACAUUACAGUGUCUGGCAUUGUGUGCUAUGGCUUGGGACAACUUUCAAAUAGUAGAAUUGCCAGGUAUCAAGGUGCCCUGCUGCUCAUUAUCAAAGACCACUUCCAGGUGCCUACUGAAGUUUAUGACCCAAUCUUUUCAUCUGUAGAUGUUGAUGUGUUAGAGACCCUUGAUAUUAAGGUUUUGAAUAGAAAUGAAGAGGGAAAAAGGAAAGUAGUGGGGACAACACUGUUCUUCCUGCCACACUGUGGAAAGGAACUAUACAAUAAUUUGCUUUGGACCAAUUGGAAUCCCUCAUUACUAUCACAUUGUAUUAUUGUUGGUAACAGCUUCAGUACCAUAGUGCAAAAUGUUCCUACUAGAAUAUUGAAAGAACAUUAUCUAUUCAUAUAUCAUGCACAGGACAUGUUUAAAGAACUACCUCUAACAUCAUUAGUCAAUUAUGAUGAUGUGUUCAAUGAUGUAAACAUUCAUAUUCCUUGUCAUAACAUUUUGAACAAGUGCCCUGAAUUUUGGUUAGAAAACAAAGAACCAAAGUAUGAAAACUGUGAUAUUGAAAUUGUGAGGAAGAAGAUGAGUGAGAUUAAAGUUCUGAGUUGAAAAUAACCAUGAAAAUUAACAUUGUUGUAUGUACCUUAUAUCUUGAACUUUGUUUUAUUUUGAGCAUGUGUUGGACUGUUUGGUCACAUGAGUGUCAUAAUGGCUCUUUUAUUGUUGGCCAUAUGAAUGAGUGUCACUCUUGGCUCACUUGUGAUGACAUCAGAUACUUGGAUGUUGGAGAACUGAUAGGAUUUGGUGCUGUCAAACAUGUGUAUCAAACAUCAUGGCAGAAUAACACAAUUGUAGUGGCUUUCCUCAACAACAAGAAUUAUUCAGCUGACUUUCUUUUUGGCUUAGAAAUAAUGAAACAGUUAGGAUGGAGCAAAUAUAUAGUGCAACUGAUUGGAUUUUGUGAGGAAGUCCCAGUAUUUCUAAGUGAGUACCAUCCUGCAGGCAGUAGUGUUAAUGUGGAUAUUGUAUUUGGAGAUGACUCUCAUAGUCUCAGUCAAAGAUUCCAACUGUGUAUUGAUUAUGUAAAGAUACUUGCCUUUCUGCAUGACAGUUUGCCAGGUCCUCUGAUGAUGUGUGACUCCAGCACGCUUAUCAAGACGCUGGAACAAUACCUCCUCACCACCUCUGGAAAUCUUGUGCUGAAUGAUGUGGAUUCUCUGGCAAGGGUGAUGGAAGGCGGCACUGUAUGUGGCCACCAAGAACUAAAAGGUGAUUUUGUGGCACCAGAGCAGAAAUGGCCAUUUGACGGAGAUGAAUACAGGACUGAAAGGAUGCCGCCAUACAGUGAAAAAGCAGACAUCUGGAAAAUACCACCAGUGUGUAAUUUUUUCUUGGGCAAUAGUGACGGAGCCCGGACACUCCGUUACCACUUACACAGCAUACACAGGAGGUGCCGGGAGAAGGAACCGCACAGGAGGCCCACUGCUCACGAGGUGUUGUGGAGUUAUGAAGCAUUAAGUUGGUCAUAUUUCAGGAAGAAAGCUGAGGGAAAUGAAGAACUUUGAGAAGCUGAAAUGUGUCAGUCGUUCAAUAAACCAAUAUCCAUAU